AUGAUACUCGCGGCGCUUUACUAUUUAUUAGUGAUAGGAGUUAACUUGUACAUAGCAUUUUUUCUGCUAAUAUUAUCGGCACUCCUCGCCUUCAAGUUUUUUAUCGAACCCGUAAAUAGUGUGUGCAAGUCGAAUGCACGACUCGACGGAAAGGUCGCUCUAGUGACCGGAGGGAAUCAGGGCAUCGGUCUGGAGACUGCGAGAGAGCUCGCGGCCAGGGGGGCCAGAGUCAUCAUCGCGUGCCGAGGCGCAGAGAAGUCAGCGGAAGCAAUCCAGGACAUCGUGGCCACGACUGGGAACGAGCAAGUCGAAUAUAUGCACCUAGAUCUAUCGAGAUUCAGCAGCGUCAGGAAGUUUGCUGCAGAUUUCAACAACAAAUAUGAUCGACUUCACAUCUUAGUAAAUAAUGCUGGCUCUGGUGGUGAUAAACCAAGGUACACGGAAGACGGAAUUGACUUUGUGAUGCAAGUGAAUUAUUUUGGACCAUUCCUGCUCACAAAACUGCUGACAGAAAAGCUCAUCGCAAGUAAACCUAGCAGGGUUGUAAUAGUGUCGUCGAUAUUGCAUUAUUUCGGACAAAUAAAUGUCGAUACAUUGGACAAAAUAAUAGGCCACAGCAUAAAGUCAAAGUUCUACAACUAUAGCAACAGCAAACUGUGUGGUGUGCUGUGGGCCAAGGCCUUAGCCAAGAAACUGCCCGAGGAAGUAUCUGUGAACUCUCUACAUCCCGGUGUAGUCAGGACGAAUAUAUUCAGUAAACUGCCUUUUUGGUUUCUGAAAAUAUUUACCUUUCUUUGUGACUUACUGAACUUUAAGACGCCUAAAGAAGGAGCGCAGACUGUGGUCCACCUGUGUGUUGCUGAAGAGGUCCAGAAUGUGCGAGGGAAGUAUUUCGUGGAGUGCUGUGAAGCCAAGUACAGGCGAGUAGCUGAUAAUGAAGAUGUUGUGGAAAAAGUGUGGAACAAGAGCUUAGAAGUCACUAGCUAG